UAUCCCAGUAACAUUCAGGUUCGAAUGCUGGUUGUACAACACUGGACACAAAUGCUGUUGGUAGUUCAAAGCCCGUACUAAGUCCAAAUGUUGUGCGAGGGAAAGGAAGACCUCCAUCUUUGAGGAGAGCAUCUAGGAUGGAGAAAGAAAUGCGGAAGGUUAAAGCCAAGCAGAAAAAAGCACCAGGAACAGGGAAACGUAAACUGCGAGAUGAAGGAGAUACACCACUCCCGGACACGUGUAGAAAUUUAUUUGGCUCAUCAGAAGUAGAUAUCACCAGUCCUAGUGAACUGCAGCAUGUUCGACAGAGCUCGAUUUUUAACAAUAGUGGAACCCGGCCCCGGGAAACAGUGAUCGGAAGUCAAGAAAGUAUACAGUUUGGGUUGGAUGGAUCACAACCGGUGGAGCAUGGGUUGGAUGGAUCACAACCGGUGGAGCAUGGGUUCGAUAGAUCACAACCUGAGAAUCAUGGAUUGGAUAGAUCACAACUGGAUUAA